UUCAUGGAGAAAACUCACGAAUUAAAGUCGUUAGAAAUUCACAUAACCAACUAGUAGGACCCGAGGUUUUUGAACGAUUCGCAAGAUUUUCAAGCAACUGGUUUCAAGCUGUCGAAAUUCAAAAUGGUACGAGCCUGGUAUAUGGAUGAUAGUGGAGAAGAUCAAAGGUUGGAGCAUCACAAAAUGCCUCCGGAGUUUCUAACACUUCAGCAGCUAUAUGACAUCACUGGAGUAGAGCACUUUGAGGUCGAUUAUGAGAAUUAUUGGAAUGAUGAGAUAUUGAAGAAAUUGAGGAUGUCAAGGGGAUACUCUUAUGAGGACGAGAUCGUGUGUUCCAAGGAAUGUUUAUCGAAUUAUGAAGAAAAG